ACCAGCAAAAGACUCCUGUUUUUUUGGCUAGCUACUUCUUUCGCUAUAUAUACAUGUACCUGUAGCUUGCUCUUCCAUGGAUUGACUGUUUCCUUAACCAAUCCAAUUUAGCAAGCAUGACGAGUAACUUGGUAAUAAGCAGCCGCUGUUCCUUAUUCUUAACGUUGUUUUACUUGCUGGUUAGUGCCUCCCUUACAGCAACAUCAGCUCAAUGGGUAUGGCCGAAGCCAAGAACCCUGUCUUGGCCGAUCCCACUCGCCACUAUUCUCUCCCCAAACUUCACUAUCUCCUCCCCCUACCACCAACAUCUCUCCCCUGCAGUCAACCGUUACCGCCUCCAAAUCCUCACGGAGCACCACCGCCCUCUCGUUCCUCCCCCAGUCAACCUCUCCAACUCGUCCCCUCCUUUGCAGGCCCUGACCAUCACUGUCAAAGACCUCUCCGCCCCACUCCAACACUCCGUUGACGAGUCCUACGCCCUUGCCAUCCCCACUGCUAGCUCCACCGCCAAUCUGACGGCCGAGACUGUAUGGGGCGCCAUGAGGGGUCUGGAGACGUUUUCUCAACUGGUCUGGGGAUUGAAACCAUUGCUUGUUCCUGUUGGGCUCGACGUGUGGGACUCGCCUCUGUUUGAGCAUAGAGGGAUCAUGUUGGAUACCUCUAGGAAUUACUACCCAGUGGAUGACAUUUUGAGGACCAUCAAAGCCAUGAGUGCUAAUAAGCUCAACGUUUUCCAUUGGCACAUUACCGAUUCUCACUCUUUUCCUUUAGUGCUUCCAUCCGAGCCUGCUCUUGCUGACAAAGGGUCUUAUGGGAAUGACAUGCUCUACUCUCCAGCUGAUGUUGCAACAAUUGUUCGGUUUGGUUUGGAGCAUGGCGUCAGGGUUCUACCGGAAAUUGAUUCUCCAGCACAUACAGGAUCGUGGGCUGAAGCCUAUCCAGAUAUCGUGACUUGCGCAAACAUGUUCUGGUGGCCGGCUGAAAGCGAAUGGGCUGACCGGCUCGCAUCAGAACCAGGAACUGGCCAGCUAAAUCCUUUGAACCCAAAUACCUACCAAGUUCUAAAAAAUGUGAUUGGUGAUGCAGUUGCCUUGUUUCCUGAACCGUUUUUCCAUGCUGGAGGUGAUGAGAUCAUCCCAGGCUGUUGGAAAGCUGACCCGGCCAUUCAGUCCUUCCUAUCCAAAAAUGGAACUCUCAGUCAACUCCUUGAGAAAUUUGUGAACUCAACCUUCCCUUACAUUGUGUCCCUCAAUCGCACGGUGGUUUACUGGGAAGAUAUUUUGUUGGAUGCCAAUGUCAAGGUGGGCCCUUCAUUUCUUCCACCUGAGCAUACCAUCCUACAGACAUGGAAUAACGGUCCCAACAACACGAAACUGAUUGUUUCUUCUGGUUACAGAGCUAUUGUCUCAUCCUCAGAGUUUUAUUAUUUGGAUUGUGGCCAUGGCGAUUUUCCUGGGAAUGACAGCCAAUAUGAUCCACCACCAACAAGUGGUGACAGUGGCAAUGGUGGAUCAUGGUGUGGACCUUUCAAAACAUGGCAAACUAUAUAUAACUAUGACAUAGCAUAUGGAUUGACUCCGGAGGAGACCAAAUUGGUGCUAGGGGGUGAAGUAGCAUUAUGGUCAGAGCAAGCAGACCCAACAGUUUUGGACGUGCGGAUUUGGCCAAGAGCUUCAGCAAUGGCUGAGACUUUAUGGUCAGGGAACAGGGAUGAGUCAGGAAAGAAGAGAUAUGCAGAGGCAAUGGAUCGUUUAAACGACUGGAGACAUAGAAUGGUCAACAAAGGAAUCAGAGCUGAACCACUUCAGCCUCUCUGGUGCAUCAAGAACCCUGGCAUGUGCAACACAGUUCAUCCAAGUGAUUAGAUAAGUGUGGGAUUUUUGUUGACCUUGUAAUUUUCUGAAACUGAAUGUCCAAAUCGAUAUCCAUUUCUGCUAUCAGAACAUAGAUAUGCUGGAUAUGGAUUUGUGUGUAAACUUAUUUAAGAGUUACCGUAAUAAAAUUUAUUUUGAAUUGAA